AUGACCACUGUUCCGUCGGCAAGUCAGUGGGGAUCCCCUAUUGCGAGCAAGAGAGCACUUCUCGUACAUGGUGGAAAUUCGUCUUCGCACACGUUCCACCGUGUUGCAUCGAUGCUUGCGGCCAAAGGCGGGUCUUCUUCGCUUGAGAGGCCUGGAGUUGAUUUUCGAGUCCAGACAUUGGCUGACGACCUCUUGCCCUACCUUCAGGCUGCUGAGUAUGAUAUAGUCAUCGGCCACUCAAUAGGCGGACUCGUAGUAUUAUCGCUUCUGAAGUACCUGCCGAGAACCAGGCCCGUCUCAGUGGUUCUCAUCGAUACAUCCGUGGAGUUAAGUGCGGAGCAGAUGGCAGUAGUUCGGAAACCCAAGGUACCUAACGAUGUCCGAGCCAGACCUAACCCCACAGUAGAAGAUUACGUGGCAUCGAAUCCUCUAUGGACAAGAGAGGAUGCUAUUUGGAGAUCGUUGGGGAUCCAGAUUGGUAGAGCGACCAACUACGAUGAUCACAUGGAUGGUAACAUGCCAUGGUCGUUCUCGCAUUUGUUCGCAGACAGGCCUGCUGCUGCCAAAUUGACGAUUCUGAUCGCAGAUCCGCAAUCUCAGGCUAAUGGUGCUUUGAAGCUGGAGGCUGUCGCAAAAUUCAAGGAGGUCAGAGUAGUGAUUGUUCCGAAUGUCUCGCACUGGAUACAUCAUGAAUUUCCGGAAGUGAUCGUUGAAGAGGCGCUAAGGAAUAUCGGCGAAGAGCGAGGCGAUGGCCCGUAAGAACGUUUACCUUCCCGGAAUAUCGUGCCAUUCCAUUCCUC